AUGAAGGUCUCCUACGCUCUCAGCGCUUUUGCGGGCCUCUCAUCCUCAGUAUCGGCAUACCAGAGCUUUGCUGGUUCCAAUCUCUACUAUGCUGCCGGACUUUCAACCGAUGAGCAAAAGACCCUCUUCACUGGUCUGCAGGAGGCUGACGUUCAGGUUCUCCGAGUCUGGCUAGAUGGCGAAACGUCUCCUCAAAAAGGAACCAAAUUCACCUCGUACCCAUCUCUCGAGGGCCAGAACCCCGAGAAAUACGAUGAUACCGUCCUGAACAACCUGGAUGGAUUCAUGGCCAACGCACACGACUAUGGUAUCAAGCUCAUCGUCUCCUUCUACAGCUACAAUGCGUUGAGACCAGAUGAGAAUGGCAACCACCAGGACUUCUACGGUACCUACUAUGGGACUGGAUACUUUUACUCCGAUCCACAGGCAAUCACCUACUACAAGAACCGCAUUGCUCAUGUCAUGUCUCACGUCAACCCCAACAAUGGAAAGACGUGGGCUGAAAGCUCCGAGUAUAUCUUUGCCUUUGAGACCCAGAAUGAAGCCGAUCACGACGACAAGAAUACCGACGCUUUAAUAGCCUGGCAAUGUGAAAUCGCUGGGGCAAUCAAGAGCAACCUCAACGGAAGUACCGACAUUCUGACCACAACCGGCGGCUCCUCAUAUGUGGGAGAUUCAGUCAGAGACGCAUACUUCUCAUGCGACGCACUUGACAUGAUAGCAAUCCAUGCCUACGACACAAACAACGAUCUCACCACUGGUAACCUCGCCAAAUAUGUCACAAAUGCCGUCAAGAAUAACAAGAAACUCAUAAUGCAAGAGUGGGGUAUUUGCUAUUACAACACAGACAACAAGAAUUGCUUCAAGGGUGACAAGCAGGACUCUGGUACCCGGGAUAGUUUAAUCAAGACUUACUACGACAAUAUCGCCCAGGCUGGUCUACCGGCGAUGUACUGGGAGAUUGUGCCGAAUGCGGUGCCGCAUGGUGGUGACUAUGAUUUUGAGAUUGGUAUUGGUCAGGAGAACUGGGAGGCUUACAAGGAGGCUGUUCAGGCGGCUUUGAGUGUUCCUUCGCAAUUUGACUUCUCCAAAUGGUUGCCGAAGUAG